AUGGCAACCGUGACAGCCACAACCAAGGUUCCAGAGAUUCGUGAUGUGACACGGAUUGAACGUAUUGGCGCUCACUCCCAUAUCCGGGGGCUGGGACUUGACGAUGCCUUGGAGCCACGGCAGGCUUCCCAGGGCAUGGUGGGCCAGCUGGCGGCUCGGAGGGCAGCCGGUGUGGUGCUGGAGAUGAUCCGAGAAGGGAAGAUCGCUGGCCGGGCGGUUCUCAUCGCUGGCCAGCCGGGUACUGGGAAGACAGCCAUUGCCAUGGGCAUGGCACAGGCCCUGGGCCCCGACACCCCGUUCACAGCCAUCGCAGGCAGUGAGAUCUUCUCCCUGGAGAUGAGCAAGACAGAGGCGCUGACCCAGGCCUUCCGGCGCUCCAUCGGCGUGCGCAUCAAGGAGGAGACCGAGAUCAUCGAAGGGGAGGUGGUAGAGAUCCAGAUUGAUCGGCCAGCCACGGGGACGGGCUCCAAAGUGGGCAAGCUGACCCUCAAGACCACAGAGAUGGAGACCAUAUAUGACCUGGGCACCAAGAUGAUCGAGUCCCUGACCAAGGACAAGGUCCAGGCCGGGGACGUGAUCACCAUCGACAAGGCCACAGGCAAGAUCUCCAAGCUGGGACGCUCCUUCACACGUGCUCGUGACUAUGAUGCCAUGGGCUCCCAGACCAAGUUCGUGCAGUGCCCAGAUGGGGAGCUGCAGAAACGCAAGGAGGUGGUGCACACGGUGUCCCUCCACGAGAUCGACGUCAUCAACUCCCGCACUCAGGGCUUCCUGGCGCUCUUCUCAGGCGACACAGGGGAGAUCAAGUCUGAAGUCCGAGAGCAGAUCAACGCCAAGGUGGCCGAGUGGCGGGAGGAGGGCAAGGCGGAGAUCAUCCCCGGCGUGCUGUUCAUCGACGAGGUCCACAUGCUGGACAUUGAGAGCUUCUCCUUCCUCAACCGGGCCCUGGAGAGCGACAUGGCGCCUGUCCUCAUCAUGGCUACCAACCGCGGCAUCACCCGGAUCCGGGGCACCAGCUACCAGAGCCCCCACGGCAUCCCCAUCGACCUGCUGGACCGGCUGCUCAUCGUCUCCACCUCCCCCUACAGCGAGAAGGACACAAAGCAGAUCCUUCGCAUCCGGUGCGAGGAGGAAGACGUGGAGAUGAGCGAGGACGCCUACACGGUGCUGACCCGCAUCGGGCUGGAGACCUCACUGCGCUAUGCCAUCCAGCUCAUCACGGCUGCUAGCCUGGUGUGCCGGAAACGCAAGGGCACCGAGGUGCAGGUGGACGACAUCAAACGGGUCUACUCGCUCUUCCUGGACGAGUCUCGCUCCACGCAGUACAUGAAGGAAUACCAAGAUGCCUUCCUCUUCAACGAGCUCAAAGGUGAAACCAUGGACACCUCCUGA